GUCGGGGGCGCCCCCGGGGCAGCGGGCCGCCGCUCGCCGCGCGCCGGGGGCCGGGGACCUGUUGAAGGCGCUUCGCCGGCCGGCGGGGUCCCCACGGCCUGUCCUUAGCCUCCCUCAGUCUCAGUUCCCCUUCCUCGUCGCCCACUAUCUCCGUCUCCUCGCGGUCAUUUUCCUAAUUGGACAGAGCUGUGGGGUGUGAUCGCCGGCGUCAGAUUAGGGGUCCCGAGGCUGCCAGGUGGGCGCGGGGACUCGCGGACCGACGGGACAGCCCCUGCUAGCGUGCAGAGCCCACAGAUCCGGCCCUCGUGCCACCGCCCCCCUAACCGAGGACUUGCUAACUAGUGCGUAUCGGGUUUUUUUUUUUCCAACUUGCCUUUUAAGAUGACUUUUAUGGUCGCUGCAACUGCUUCCCUCCAGUCUGAGCUGUAGUUUGGGAAGAUUUAAGAGGCCAGGGAGGUGCCUGCGUGGGUUUUAACUAACCCGAAAUGAUCAUUAAUGUAUCUCUAAGCUCUGCGAUGAUUCGGGCAAGGCGUACUCGGAGCCUGGGUGCGUUUUCCCAGGGUCACUACAAGGUGCUGGUCCAUCCCGAUCUGAGCGGUCCAAUGAGGGACCGUCCUCGUGGCCCACCCUAGAGCUGCGGGCCGAGCGCCCUAACUGCUAAGAGCACCCAGAGCGCCUUUAUUUCUGUGCAAAAUGGAAACUCCCAGCCGGCGUAGACCUGGAGGGGACGUAACCAGUUAUGGUGGGCGCCUGGGAAACUCACACGAUUCCCCCGCAGGUGUGCAGAGAGGGACUUUGAACCUUGGGGGUCACCCAGCCAACUUUGAAGCUGCUCAUUCAGGCCUGCCUUUGUACACGUGGCCACAAGUCCAGGAAUCCCUUAGGAACACUUUGGGAAUUUGGCAGGAGCCAGUUGCCAGAUUUGCCUGGGGCAGGAACGUGCUGGGACUUUUCUGAAGAAGGGACCUUCUUCAGAAGGGAACUGAGGCCCCAUCACCAGAAGCCUAGCUUGAUUGGGCAAGGCGUUCUCUUCAUUCAUUGGAUGGGAUUCCGAGAGGUUGAGUUUGUGCCCAGGUGCAUGGCAUUGGCAGAACUGGACCAGAGCCCAGCCCUGCUGACCCACUGCUGCAGUGCAGCUGGGAGAUCGGGCAGAGUCGAUGCCUUUGUUCUGUUUGCCCCAGGACUGGACUGAUGACUUAUCAACGCUGCCUAGAUAUCACAGCAAGGUCAAAUCGCUGUAAAAGUUUCUAAAUGCUGUCCCUCGUCUCUGUGGAAGCAGUCACAAGGAGCACUGCUCUAAAGCGAUGCCCUCCUAGCCAGCCGCCACGGGAUGGAGGGCUUCAUGGACUCAGGGACACAGACGGACGCCGUGGUGGUGCUGUCCUUGGCUCAGGCCGCCGUGCUGGGCCUGGUCUCGGAAAAUGAGCUCUUUGGAGCCACCAUAAGCGCCGAAGCCUUCUACCCGGACCUGGGCCCGGAGCUGUCCGGGGCAGCCAUGGGGGAGGCCCGGCCCCCGGGCCCCGACGUCUACCAGCUGGCCUGCAAUGGGCGGGCCCUGGAGGAGCCGGCAGAGGAGGAGGUGCUGGAGGUAGAAGCGGCCUUCGAGAAGCACACCCGGCGGAAGACGCGGCCGCCCGUGCGCCUGGUGCCCAAGGUCAAGUUUGAAAAGGUGGAGGAGGAGGAGGAGCAGGAGGUCUAUGAGGUGUCUGUGCCCGGCGAUGCCAAGGAUGCGGGCCCAGCGGAGGCCCCCACCGAGGUGGCCAGUGGCGGCUGCGAGGCCCUGGUGCAGAGCAGUGCCGUCAAGAUGAUCGACCUCAGCGUCUUCAGCCGCAAGCCCCGGACGCUGCGGCACCUGCCCCGAGCCCCACGACCAGAGCUGGACGUAGCCCCCUUCGACCCCCACUUCCCCGAGCCGGCCCGGGACGGCUUCCCCGAGCCCAGCAUGGCGCUGCCCGGGCCGGAGGCCCUGCCCGCAGAGUGUGGCUUUGAGCCCCCGCACCUGGCCCCCCUGAGCGACCCCGAGGCCCCCACCAUGGAGUCCCCGGAGCCCGUGAAGCCGGAGCAGGGCUUCGUGUGGCAGGAGGCAGGCGAGUGCGAGGCCGACGCGGCCGGCUCGACGGUGGAACGCCACAAGAAGGCCCAGCUAGAUCGGCUGGACAUCAACGUGCAGAUCGACGACUCGUACCUGGUGGAGGCAGGCGACCGCCAGAAGCGCUGGCAGUGCCGCAUGUGCGAGAAGUCCUACACGUCCAAGUACAACCUGGUGACGCACAUCCUGGGCCACAACGGCAUCAAGCCGCACUCGUGCCCGCACUGCAGCAAGCUCUUCAAGCAGCCCAGCCACUUGCAGACGCACCUGCUGACGCACCAGGGAACCCGCCCGCACAAGUGCCAGGUGUGCCAGAAGGCCUUCACGCAGACCAGCCACCUCAAGCGCCACAUGCUGCUGCACUCGGAGGUCAAGCCCUACAGCUGCCACUUCUGUGGCCGCGGCUUCGCCUACCCCAGUGAGCUCAAGGCCCACGAGGUGAAGCACGAGAGCGGCCGCUGCCACGUCUGCGUCGAGUGCGGCCUGGACUUCUCCACCCUGACCCAGCUCAAGCGCCACCUGGCCUCCCACCAGGGCCCCACCCUCUACCAGUGCCUCGAGUGUGACAAGUCCUUCCACUACCGCAGCCAGCUGCAGAACCACAUGCUCAAGCACCAGAACGUGCGGCCCUUCGUGUGCACCGAGUGUGGCAUGGAGUUCAGCCAGAUCCACCACCUCAAGCAGCACUCGCUCACCCACAAGGGCGUGAAGGAGUUCAAGUGCGAGGUGUGUGGCCGGGAGUUCACCCUGCAGGCAAACAUGAAGCGGCACAUGCUGAUCCACACCAGCGUCCGGCCCUACCAGUGCCACAUCUGCUUCAAGACCUUCGUGCAGAAGCAGACCCUCAAGACCCACAUGAUUGUACACUCGCCCGUGAAGCCAUUCAAAUGCAAGGUGUGCGGGAAGUCCUUCAACCGCAUGUACAACCUGCUGGGCCACAUGCACCUGCACGCGGGCAGCAAGCCCUUCAAGUGCCCCUACUGCUCCAGCAAGUUUAACCUCAAGGGCAACCUGAGCCGGCACAUGAAGGUCAAGCACGGCGUCAUGGACAUCGGCCUGGACAGCCAAGGUGGGUGGGCCACAUGCAGCGCACGGCGCAGGAGCAGUACUGUCCUGGCACACUCCGGAGCCUCCUGUCCAGUGAGGGGAGUGGGGAGGCUGGCCAGGCCCGAGACCUCGUUGGGGUGGGCUCAGGUCUGGAGAGGGGGCACCCUGGAGGGCCAUCAUGGUGAUAACAAUGGGAUACUUAUGUAUUCUUCAGAGGACUUACGUGGGCUCACGUAAACAAUAAUAAAAAUAUUUGUUGAGUGCUGUGUGCUAGGCCUUUAUUAACUCAUGUGACCCUCACAGUGAGGUUGACUCUGUUAUUAUUGCCAUUUUACAGAUGCAGACAUUGAGGGACAGAGAAGUUAGGUAACUCAUGCAAGAUCAUUACUGAGAGAUGACAUUUUUUAAAAAAAUGGAUGGGAGGGACUUCCCUGAUGGUCCCGUGGUUGAAACUCCACACUUCCACUGCAAGGGGUGCAGGUUUGAUCCCUGGUUGGGGAACAAAGAUCCCACAUGCCACGUGGCACAGCAAAAAAAAAAGAAAAGAAAGGAAAAGAUGGGAAAGAAGGUAACAAAAGGGAAAAUGGCAACUGGAAAGAUAAGGGAGAGCCAGGUGAGGUCACAACCCCAAGUACACCACGAGAGGUCCUAUGGGCAUCCAGAGGGGAGCCCGGAGCUUCCCAGUUGCCAAGCCAAAAAGGGUAAUACAAUCAGUCACACUCUUCAUAGUGCCUGCCAAAAAGAAUGAGCCCACGUACUCAGGAAAAGUGUCCUUACCUCUGCAGUUGGUGGAGGUUUCAUUGGCUCUCCCCUUAACACUGAUCCGUAGUGGAAGAACUUUCCUUCCUCUUGCCUCUCAUGGGGAGGAGGCACUUUAGAGAUUCUACAGGAGUGAGAAGCCAGCCGUACUUCAGGAAAGUGCCUGGUAUAGUCUGGAGCUAUUUGACUUUCUGGUGCUCCUUCCGAGACUAACUGGGAACGUGCCCCAACAAUCACUGGGUGAGUCGAGUUGCCAUGUGAGAUUACUCACUAGGAGUCAAUCAGAUGCUGGGAGGUGGCGGCAGUAACCCUGAUUUCGUCUUGGAGCAGUGAAUGGCCUGGGGUUUUCUGGCAGAAACAGGCAUCGUCAGUUUUUCAUUCUUCUGGGUGAGGAUGAAACGCUAUUGGCUGCAUAUAGAUGCUCUGUAGCCCCUUCUUACUCAAAAUGAGGUUUUAGGACCAGCAGUAUUGGCAUCACCUGGGAUCUUGCUAGAACUACAGACUCUGCCCCACCCCUGACCUGCUGAAUCAGGAGCUGCAUUUCCAGGAUCCCCAGGUGAUAUGGAUACACUGGCAAGUCUGAGAUGCGUGGAACAAAGUGAUGGUUUUCAAACUUGAGCGAGGGAGCAUGAGAAUCACUCAAGGCUUGUUAAAUUGCUGGGUGCCACCCCCAGAGCUUCUGAUUCUGUCGGUCUGGUGUGGGGUCGGAUCAUCUGCAUUCCCAGCAAGUUCCGCAAGUCAACCCGGAGCUGCUGGGUCAGGAACCUCACUUUGAGAGCCUCUAAUCUAGACUCUAGAGAACUGUCUCAAACCUGGCUGUGCUUUGGAAUCACUUGGAGAGUUUUUAAAAUGCGGAUGCCUGAGCCUCAACCACAGAGAUUCGAAUGUAAUUGACCUGGCAUGUGGCCCAGGAUCCAGAUUUUUUUUUUUCAAGCACCUAAGGUAAUUCUAUGCUUAGUAGAGUGUGAGAGCCAGUACUCUAGUGGAACUGCCAGGUAGCGAACCCACCGGGGGGACCAGAGCAGGACUGGUCCUUUUGGAAGUAGCGGUUCCUCCGCACCUCGCGCUUAGGGAGUGGUUAAGGCGUAAGCUCUUUCCAUCUGAGGUCAGUAACCAGGGAUCCAUAGGGUUGCUUUGUUCCUGAUUGUACCAGAUGACAGAAAGUAAAGCAGGGAUUGGCACCAGAAUGGUUGGGGCUCAAGUCUGCCCCCCACUCACACAUAAGCUUGGUCUGAAAAGCUCGGACUUGAUGUUUGUGCAGGAGGAAAGCAGCUUACAUUCUAGAUGGAACCACCAAAUAAACUAUAGGACUGUAAUUUAGGAGCUAGAUCAACAUCUUUGUAAAAAAAUGGUACAGAGUAUUCCCUGGGGCCAACGAGACAAGCCAAAUAGAGUUAAUAAAGGGUGGCUGGGACGAUAACAGAGACCCAGAGAUAGAAAUUUUCCCAGGGUAUUUAUUUAGCUUGUUUUUAAUCAACUAUAUGAUAUGAAGGUGUGGCACUAGCAUUUGAGGAUGAAAGAACCUAGGGGCUAUAAGAUUUGGUACAGCUGAGGGAAUUCCCUGGUUGUCCAGUGGUUAGGACUCCUCAGUCUCACUGCUGAGAGCCUAGGUUUGAUCCCUGGUCAGAGAACUAAGAUCCCACAAGCCACAAGGUGCAGUCAAAAAAAAAAAAAAAAAAAGUUUGGUACAGUUGGCU